UCGCAGAAAAACAAAGCUCAACAUCGCAGCCUUUCACGUCAAGCAACGCUAAGAAAAUAUCUCUAUGGCUUUAUUACCCAAACCAUCCUCUGCCCCAGUGAAAUAAGAACGAGCCAAACAAGCAUCCAGUGCGGCACGCCUACGUCACACCGUCCGAGAAAGAGAGCGAGAAGGAGCAGCUGUUAGCAGUUUAACGGGUGUCCUGCAGGUCUAGCGAAACCCCCUGAUUCGCAGACGCUCAUCGCUCAGAGAACGUUAUUUUGAGAGGUCACAGUUACUUUCCCUGACAAACAGACAGAACAGCAGCCAUGGGAAAGGGAUACCGAGGCACAGUAACAGAUUUUCCGGGCUUUGAUGCCAACGGUGAUGCAGAGACUUUGUACAAUGCCAUGAAAGGAAUGGGAAGUGACAAGGAGACCAUUUUAGAUCUGGUUUCUUCCAGAAGCAAUGCACAGAGACAGGAGAUAGCUGUUGCAUACAAGUCUCUCUAUGGGAAGGACCUGAUUGGUGACCUGAAAUAUGAGCUGACUGGAAAGUUUGAGCGUCUGAUUGUCUGUCUAAUGAGGCCACCAGCAUAUCACGAUGCCAAAGAAAUUAGGGAUGCAAUCAAGGGUGUGGGGACAAAUGAAAAAUGCCUGAUCGAAAUUCUGGCGUCAAGAACCAACAAACAGAUCCAUGAUAUGGCAGCAGCUUACAAAGAUGCUUAUGGUAGUGAUAUGGAGGCAGAUAUUGUAGGAGACACCUCAGGCCACUUUAAGAAGAUGCUGGUGGUUUUACUCCAGGGGACCAGAGAUGAGAGCGGUGUUGUGAACGCAGAUCUGGUGGGGGAGGACUCCAGGGAACUGUACGCUGCGGGGGAGGAGCAGUGGGGUACUGACGAGGCCUCGUUCAUCAUGUUGCUUGGCAACCGGAGCAUCUACCAUCUGAGGAUGGUAUUUGAUGAAUACCAGCAGCUCACAGAAAAGUCGAUAGAGGACAGUAUCAAGAGUGAGCUCUCUGGGGAUUUUGAGCGACUGAUGCUGGCUGUAGUGCAGUGUAUCAGAAGUGUUCCCAUGUUUUUUGCAAAACGCCUCUACAAGGCCAUGAAGGGCCUGGGCACAGCCGAUAACACCCUGAUCCGCAUCAUGAUCUCGCGCUCAGAGUUGGAUAUGCUGGACAUCCGGGAGUGCUUCCGUCUGCAGUACGAGAAAUCCCUCUACAACAUGAUCAAGGACGACACCUCGGGCGUGUACAAGAGAACCCUGCUUCAACUGUGCGGAGGAGAUGACGACAUUGCAGGAGAGUUCUUUCCUGAAGCAGCUCAAAUAGCCUACAAGAUGUGGGAGAUCAGUGCCACGACUAAAAUGCAGCUGAGGGGAACAAUUCGUCCUGCAUCAGGCUUUGACCCUAACAGUGAUGCUAAAGCCCUCAGGAAAGCCAUGAAGGGAUUUGGCACAGAUGAGGACACGAUCAUAGAAAUCCUGGCGAACAGGAGUAAUGCACAGAGACAGGAGAUCAGACAGGCCUUCAAAUCCACCUUAGGAAGGGACCUGAUGGCAGAUCUGAAGUCGGAGCUCUCUAAGAACCUGUGCCGGUUGAUCCUGGGUCUUGUGAUGACUCCGGCAGAGUUCGAUGCCAAAAUGAUGAAGAAGGCAAUGGAGGGGGUUGGCACAGAUGAACACGGCUUGAUCGAGAUUCUCAUCACGAGAAGCAACCAGGAAAUCCAGGCCAUGAAUACGGCUUUUCAGGACGCUUUCAAAAAGAACCUUGAAGAUGCCAUCACUUCAGACACAUCUGGACAUUUCCGCCAGAUCCUCGUUUCACUGGCGCAGGGGGCACGUGACGAGGGUCCAGCUGACAUAAACGGGGCCAUGGCAGAUGCACAGGAACUUGCUGAAGCGUGCAAUGAAGACUCCAGUGAUAUGGAAAUGAAGUUCAUGAGCAUUCUGUGCACCAGAAGUUUCCCUCACCUACGCAGGGUCUUUCAAGAAUUUGUCAAAUGCUCCAACAAAGACAUCGAACUAAUCGUUAAGAAGGAAAUGUCAGGUGACUUCAAGAAUGCAUUGCUUGGUCUUGUGAGGAGUGUGAAGAACCAGCCGUCCUACUUAGCCGACCGUCUGUACAAAGCCAUGAAGGGUCUGGGCACUGACGACCGGGCACUGAUCCGCAUUAUGGUGUCCCGGAGCGAGAUUGACCUCUUCAACAUCCGCAAGGAGUUCAAAGACACCCAUGACGUCUCUCUCCACGAGUUCAUCCAGGGUGACACCAGCGGGGAUUACCGCAAAGCCUUGCUCCUGCUGUGCGGUGGGGAGGACUGAAACCUCAACACCCACCCCCCCCCCACCCCCCCAACACCCCAGAGGACCCAGAGACCUCUGCACCCCCCAACACACCGUGAAAACAAGGGUUCCAGACACCUCCGUCAGCUGUGCUGCUGCCAAACCGGUUCCGCCAAAUUGCUCCAACCGACUUCUGUGAUUGAAAUUGAAUGGGAAGAGAGGGAUGAGAGCACUGGGUUUUCUUUUCCUUUUCUGUGAAUGUUGCCAUUGCACUGACCAUGCUAAACAGGCGUGUUCCUGUCUGAGAACCUGUAGACUGAGACGUGGAACAUACAGAAGGGUCACCUCAGUUGAGCCUGUGUCUACCUGCUGUCACCACUCUUCCCGGUUUUAUGUUGAACCCAGCAAUAAAAAGAAAUCAUUACACUGG